AUGACUUUCACUGGAAACCGGUCAGAUGGUGAGCGCGACUUGGACGCUGGUGGUGGUGGUGGUAGUGGCGGCGACAGGCAAGGCGUGGGUGCGCUGACUGACGCUGGUGGUGGUGGCGAGAUUCUCGAGGACAUAUUUGUGCAUGUAAAUCAAAUCCGGCCAUUAUUACUGUCAUAUGGCGAGAUACCAUUGGGCCGGAAAUCCCUUGCAGCGCUUGCCAGGACAUGCACGACCUUCCACGAGCCCGCAAUGAAUGAACUUUGGGCUGACUUAGAUGAGCAUGGGAUUGAACCACUGCUAGGCUGUGUAACAAGGCUACAUCCAAUGGUAUAUCGUAGCGGUGGAAGGUACACCUGGCCAGAAGGCGUCGAUCCCUUAUCUGAGCAUGAGGCUCAUCAAUUUUUGCGUCACGCCGCCCGUGUUCGUUCGUUGCAUAUAUCAUUCGACGUCCAUUUCCACCUUCUGUCGAUCUUCCCCAUCGAGACAUGCAUCUUCCCUAGACUGCAGUCGUUAAUUUGGGGGCUUCCCACUGAUACAAACUUGGGCCUCUUCCUGUCCCCGAUGCUGCACCGUUGUCGUCUAUCGGCGAUCGAUGGAGGUUUCAAAUGUAUCGCGACCCGUUGUAAUGCUUUGGAGGACUUGUCCAUCAGAAUCUUUGAACCCUGCACAGUAGAUGAGCUGUCCCUGCUGUCUGACAGUGUCCGUUUGCACAAGCGGCUUGUCACUCUGUCUUGUCCAGCGCUCGACUGGACAGCAUGGGAACAUCUCUCCAACAUCCCUACCCUUAUCACAGUCGUGAUUAAUAUGGGGAACAGAGUCCCUUGCCCACCGGAUCUCGACAGUCUCAAUUUCGCACCUUUCCUUAACCUCACAGCUCUUUCUUUAUAUGUAGACACGCCUGCAUAUAUCACGACACUCGUGCAACACUCAGAAUUUCCCUCGCUGAAAAAGUUCGAGAUUAUUGUCAACGCAUUACCUUCGAACGAAGCUGAGCGGCUCUUUCGUGCACUGUCCCAGUGCAAAGCAUGCCAGACACUUGAACACAUUACCAUGGGCACCUAUGGUCCAGGAGUUCAGGAGCCCUCGGACAACCCCUUAACAGUAAUCGCGCAUUUCUUUUGUUUCACGCAACUCCGAACCCUGUGGCUCAUGCUUCAUCGCCCCAUCUUUCUUGAUAAUAACCUUCUUUUGGAAGCCAUGUCAAGUUGGCCACACAUUCGCACUCUGAGCUUAGAAGAACCGCAUUGUCGCCCAGCUACUAUCACAUUCCGUGGAUUAUUCACAGCGCUCCGUCGAUGUCCCCACUUACAGACGCUGGACGUAUUAAUCGACACCGCACGUAUCGAUAUCGAUGAUACAGCCGAGUCAUUCCAACACACGACCUUACGAUCAUUGGGCUUGAUCCCUUCCUCUCACGUAGUGGAUGCUGAAGCUGUCUCUCGCAUCAUUUUUUCUACGCUCCCUUGUGUCGACAGACUUAGCAAGUGCACGGAGGGGUGGCAGAUUGAAGUCAAUAAAUACUCUACAUCUAUCUCCGUCCACCUGAAAGGACCUCCCGAGUCCCUCAAUCCGUUUGUUGAGGCACAAAUGCCACUAAUGUUCCUUCUUACGGCGUCUCCUAUUACGAAAUCCACAAAGCUAUUCCCGGACGGCUGCACAGUCGAGAAAAUCUCUCACACGAAGGGAGGGGAGGUGUACCCCGGGGAUAGCCACUUCGACAAGUUGAGCGGACAUGGGCUUUGGUGGUAA